UGCGCAGAACAGGGGCGCGGGUGCAGCCGUUACGGCGCGUGUGCGGCCGGCUGCGACGCCUGCGCAGUGCCGAACGGCGGCGGGUGUGCAGCCUGCCCGGGGCAGGGGCCGCGGGGCGGGGAGGGGGCGCGGAUGGCGGCGGGGCUGCGCUAUGUUGCGGUGGCUCGUCGCGUUCCUCAGCCACUCCUGUUUUGUCUCCAAGGGCGGCGGCAUGUUCUACGCGGUGCGCAAGGGCCGGCAGACGGGUGUCUACCGCACCUGGGCGGAGUGCCAGCAGCAGGUGAACAGGUUCCCUUCCGCCAGCUUCAAGAAGUUCGCCACCGAGAAGGAAGCCUGGGCCUUCGUGGGCGCCGGGCCUCCGGGUGGGCAGCAGUCCGUGCCCGCAGAAGAGACAAGUGGUGCUUCAAGUGUAACGCAGGAAAAUGCUAGCCAGAGAGAGGAGCUGGAGGCAGAUGUCUUGUGCUGCAAUGCAUGCAAAAGGCCAUAUGAACAGUCUACAAAUGAAGAACAUACUGUAAAGCGUGCAAAACACGAUGAAGGGCACUCGACACCAAUAGUUGGUGAAGAUAAGUUUUCAUAUAUGGGUGAAUUUGCAGUUGUUUAUACAGAUGGCUGUUGCUCAGGUAAUGGACGUAACAGGGCACGUGCUGGAAUAGGUGUCUACUGGGGACCAGGCCACCCCUUAAAUAUCAGUGAAAGACUUCCUGGACGGCAAACUAAUCAAAGAGCUGAAAUACACGCAGCCUGCAAAGCAAUUGAGCAAGCGAAGAGUCAAAAUAUCAAGAAAUUAAUUAUCUACACUGACAGCAAGUUCACUAUUAAUGGCAUUACGAGCUGGGUUGAAAACUGGAAAACAAAUGGCUGGAGAACAAGUUCAGGAGGAAGCGUGAUAAAUAAAGAAGAUUUUCAAAAACUUGAUAGUCUAUCAAAAGGCAUAGAAAUUCAGUGGAUGCAUAUUCCUGGUCAUGCUGGUUUCCAAGGAAAUGAGGAAGCUGACAGACUAGCAAGAGAAGGCGCUAGUAAACAAAAGUUGUGACAUACUGGGACCAGAGACUGUUGCAAUUGGAGGAAAAGGACUAAUGUAGCAGUGACAGUUUGAACUGCUGUUGCUUCAGAAUUGAACUUUGAUCUGUGCUUAUUUCUAGCUCAAAGUGCUAAAUGUAUAACCAACUUUGGGGAGAAAAAAAUGCGUUUUCAUCUAUGCUGUUUGUUUUACAAUCAGGUCAAUAUUUAGUUGAUGAUAAACUGCUUUUUUCCUUCAUUUUACUGAAGUGCUGCUGUCAGUGUUUUUGAGCGGUCUUAUAGACUUUUGAAUUCACCGUAAAAACAGACUUCAGAAGAAAUGAUACUAAAUCUUUAUCCUGUGUGUUCUUUUAUUUCCUUCUUAUGAAAUAAAUUAUUAUUUCUUUUGUACAGAA